UAGCCAUGGGGAACGCAGUGGCUCGCGAGGAUUUCGAGUGGGUGUAUACGGACCAGCCGCACGCCGACCGGCGCAAGGAGAUCUUGAGUAAACAUCCAGAGAUAAAAACCUUGAUGAAACCAAACUACAAUUUGAUCUGGAUAAUUGUACUGAUGGUGUUGGUACAGCUAGUUGCCUUUUAUCUUGUUAAAGACUUGAAUUGGAAAUGGGUUCUGUUUUGGUCAUUCGCAUUUCACAGUUGUAUCAGUCACUCUAUGACUCUAGCAGUUCACGAAAUCUCUCACAAUAGUGCCUUUGGCAAUAGUAAACCUCUGUGGAAUCGGUGGUUUGGAAUGUUUGCGAAUCUCCCUCUUGGCUUCCCAUAUUCAGUAACCUUCAAGCGAUACCACAUGGAUCAUCAUCGUUAUCUUGGUGGUGAUAAAAUUGAUGUGGACAUUCCUACUAACUUUGAAGGAUGGUUUUUCUGCACCCGUUUUAGAAAGUUAAUUUGGAUUAUUCUUCAGCCUUUAUUUUAUGCUAUUCGACCUCUCUCUCUAAAUCCCAAACCAAUCUCGCGACUUGAAAUAAUCAACCUCAUUGUUCAGCUCCUUUUUGAUGUUACAAUAUACUAUGUCCUUGGAGUAAAAUCACUCCUCUACAUGCUUGUUGGAUCAGUGCUUGGGAUGGGCUUGCAUCCUAUUUCAGGACACUUCAUAGCUGAACAUUACAUGUUUUUGAAGGGGUAUGAAACAUAUUCCUACUAUGGACCACUUAAUAUGCUUACAUUCAAUGUUGGAUACCAUAACGAACACCAUGACUUUCCUAAUGUUCCUGGAAAGAACCUUCCGUUGCUCAAGGAAAUGGCCUCUGAAUACUAUGACAAUCUGCCACAGUAUAAAUCCUGGAUAAAAGUACUUUAUGAUUUUGUGAUGGAUGAUACUAUCAGCCCCUACUCACGGGUCAAAAGGCACUUAAAGGGUGAAGUGAAACAGGAGUGAACUAACUAUAAAAACCUUUACAGACACCAAGAAUAUAGCCCUUAGUAGUAAUGCAUCACUCGAUAAACAUGUAUUUGUUGGUAUCUUGAUCUACUUCUGAAAAAUAUACUGUUACAUUAUAGAACAAAAGAUCUGAAGGAUUAAAAUAUUGCCAGAACUAGAGCAUUCUUUACAAUUGUCCUGCCUCUAUUGGCG